GUCUGGUUUCCAUACAUAUUUUCUGCUCUGCUCUAGGAGUUUAGGUACUCUAUUGUGGGGUGUAGAUUAUGGAGGAAUUGAGUGUUUUGGGCUCACCGGCUCCGCCGAGCUGCACAGUGGCGAUGGCGUGCGCGGGGCGGCAGUGUUGAAUAUGUGAGGUCUUUGCCAAGAUGUGGGGUUAUCGUUCCCGCACGGUCGGUGCUUGAAACGACCGCGUGAAACUUUGCAGCAUGAAACGAGAACCUUUCUGGCACUGACAUCAUCCCGCAACUUACCAAUCCGACCCGACACACACAACAUCACGCCAACGCCAAUACACAGGUAACUGGUCGGAAAUGGCGCACAAUCACUCCCACGGCCAGUCCUGCAAUAGCGAGAGUCACGAUCACGAUCAUGACCAUAGUCAUGGCGGCGAGCACACUCACGAUGACGACUUGACGCCUGCCAUCCAGUCCUCCCUCUACCAGCACAUCGAGUUCGACAAGAUCGUUACGUUCAACGAAGCAACGACGGGCUCCGGAAAAGCCGUCAUCCAGAAGCCAUGGGAUCAGCGGUUGGAUACUACCACAGUGCUGGAGAGUGACGCUGACGAGCAACUGUUGAUUUAUGUUCCCUUCACCGGCGACGUCAAACUACACUCCAUCCUGAUUCGCGCCGACCCCUCCCCCGGCGCUCCUCGCACACUCAAACUCUUCAUCAACCGCGACGACGUCGACUUCACCUCCGCCGCAGACUUGCGCGCGGUGCAGACGCUGGAGAUACCGCUUCCACUCCCCGGACAGGACGUGCUCGAACUGCCGGUAAAGCGGGCGUUGUUCAAUAAUACGCACUCGCUCACGCUUUUCAUCGAGGAUAACCAGUCGGAUGGCGAGGAGGAUGUGACGAGCCUUAGCUUUCUCGGGUUCAAGGGCGAUUUCACGCAGUUGAGAAAGGACGCCGUCGUUGCGUUCUACGAAGCUGCUGCGAAUCCCGCCGAUCACAAGAAUCUUGUCCCCGGUGCCCAAUACGGGGCCGUGGGACUCUGA